AUGGGAGUUAUUCAGAGAGCAAUGGUGAGAGCUUGUCCACAUGUGUGGUUUGAGCGUUCUGAAAUGCGAGAUCGCCACCUUGUGACAAAAAGGCUUGGAGAACAUGUUUCUGAUAAAACAAAGUUACCCAUUUUGAUUUUCCCUGAAGGUACCUGCAUCAAUAACACAUCAGUUAUGAUGUUUAAAAAGGGAAGUUUUGAAAUAGGAGGCACCAUUUAUCCAGUGGCAAUUAAGUAUGACCCUCAGUUUGGUGAUGCUUUUUGGAAUAGCAGUAAACACAGUAUGGUGAGCUAUCUACUACGGAUGAUGACCAGCUGGGCACUCAAGUGCAACGUAUGGUACCUACAUCCAGUGUCAAGAGAGGAGGGCGAAGAUGCUGUUCAUUUUGCCAAUAGAGUAAAGUCUGCAAUUGCCAAACAAGGAGGACUGAUUGAACUUGACUGGGAUGGUGGUCUUAAAAGAGAUAGUCAAAGAAUCUUUCAAAGAGGAACAGCAGAAGAACUACAGCAAGAUAAUUGUAGGCGAACAUAA